AUUGACACUUUAGAAAAACCUUUUCCCGCUCAUCACCCUUAGACGAUUCAUUUUCUGCCGCCAACGCACUGAAAUAACCCCUUUUGUUAUCUCUACACACACAAAACACACACACACACACAACGAGCUGCCAUCAGAAAUGGAGAGCUCUAAACCACAUUCAUUUUUCCAGGACAUCAAAUCCAGGGAGCUCAAUGGUUUCCGAGUAAGAAAACGACCUUGUAUACAAAACGAUGCGUUUCAGUACAAUCAAAUCGGAGCUGUUUCUGUGGAACAUGACGGCGAGCCUUCGCCUCCAAUGGCACUCUCUUUCUGCAAGACGAGUAAAAAUGCCCAUAUUAUUGCUGUGACCGACGAGCUUGGUUAUGUUAGCUUAUACAAUACCAGAUUUAAAUCGACAUUUUCAUCAACUUUUGGGGAGAAUGCAGAAAAAACUAAAUUAUAUGAAUGGGUAGCUCAUGAUAAUGCCAUUUUUGAUGUUUGUUGGAUUAAGGCUGAUACACAUAUGUUAACAGCUUCUGGUGAUCAAACUAUUAAAUUGUGGGAUGCACAGGAAAAGAAAUGCCUAGGAGUUCUUAUAGGUCACACAGGAAGCGUAAAAUCUAUAUGUUCUCAUCCAACCAAUGAUGAUAUUAUUGUAUCUGGUUCAAGAGACGGGUCAUUUGCUCUAUGGGACUUAAGGUUCUCUGGGAGUAAGCAGGGAGCUAUACAUAAGAUAACACCUAUAGCUAUCAAAGGGGCAUCCAAUUCAAGUCAUAGAAGGCGAGCUAGGCCUAUCAAGGCUGCUUCCAAAAGCAUUACUUCAGUUCUUUAUCUAAAGGAUGAGUUGUCAGUUGCUACUGCUGGAGCAGUGGACAGUGUCGUGAAAUUCUGGGACAGCAGAAAUCUAAAAGCUCCUAUUAGCCAGGCAUGCUCUGAUGAUAGAUCAUCUACCCAACAGGAAAGACGAUUAUAUGGCAUAACUAGCCUGUCACAAGAUUUAAAUGGAAUGUUUAUUUCUGCCUCAUGCAUGGAUAACAGAAUAUAUCUCUACAAUAUCCUCCAGCUUGAAAAGGGGCCUGUGAAAUCUUUCUCUGGAUGCCAAAUUGGAUCGUUUUUUGUGAAGUCAGCGAUGAGCCCUGAUGCAGCUCAUAUCCUUGCUGGUUCCAGUGAUGGCAAUGCUUACAUAUGGCAGGUCAACAAACCCAAAGCAGAACCCAUUAUACUGAAAGGCCACGACGGAGAGGCUACAGCAGUAGACUGGAGUCCAUCUGAGACCGGAAAAAUAGCUACAUCCUCUGAUGAUUUCACGGUUCGGUUUUGGGAUAUUCGAAGCAGUUGCUACUCGAAAACAAGAUCUCCAUCUUCUGUCCGAAGGAGAGUCAUGGCACUUCCAAGUAUACAAUGCAGAAGGCUUUUCAUGGAUGAAGAACCAACAAUUAGCAAACUGAAGCCCGGCACUUGUCCUAAAGAUGAACCUGGGAACCUAUCGGACCCAAGUAUUACUGCAUCAGUGCCAGAAUUCAGCACACCAAAACCGCAAAAGAGAAGAUUCUUAUCCCCGUCGAAAGUAAAUGAAAGAUCUGAGCAAACACCAGAAGCUUUUCAUGGAAGCCCCUCCUCUGUUUUGAACCCCCCAUCAUCUUUAAAAAGAAAAACAAUACGGGAUUACUUUCUGGCAACUUCAUAGGUGAUAUAUAAUGAUUGUUCCUGUUCCUGUUCCUGUUCUUGUCUCAUCUCGACUAGUUAGUGUCUUAGGUGGAUGAUGUUAUAAGAGUCCAGUUUCAGGUUAUUUAUUGUUUGGGCGAGGUACAAGUUAUGGAACUAUGGUGAGGUGAAAUAGCCUUGUUUUAGUUUAAGCUUGCAGGUCUAUAUAUAUGAUGUGAAACAAGUAUGGUGAAUAUUACAUGUAACAAUCAUGUUUACCUUGA